GACAAGACCUUCACUUCACACAAAAAUGGCGGCACCACCAUCGCCACCGUCUUCCGCCGCCGUCCGCCGCCGGCUGCUCCUGAUCCUUCUCGCAAUGGCCGCAAUUCACGGCGGCGCCGGCGCGCUGGCUUUCAAUAACAACAACAGCUACGGCUACAAUUACGCCGACGCGCUUGACAAGACGUUCUUGUUCUUCGAGGCGCAGCGCUCGGGAAAGCUGCCGGCGGCGCGGCGCGUGGCGUGGCGCGGCGACUCCGGCCUCUCCGACGGCUACGGUCAGGGCGCGAACCUCGUCGGCGGGUACUACGACGCCGGAGACCACGUGAAGUUCGGGCAGCCGAUGGCCUUCGCCGUCACAAUGCUGGCGUGGGCCGCCGUGGACUGCCGCCGCGAGCUCGCCGCAGUCAACCAGAUGGGCCACGCGCUUGAAGCUAUCAAAUGGGGCACCGAUUACUUCAUCAAAGCCCAUCCUCAGCCCUCCGUCCUUUGGGCUCAGGUUGGUGAUGGUGCAUCAGACCACUAUUGUUGGGAACGGGCGGAGGACAUGACGACAUCGAGGACGGCCUACAAGCUCGACCCGGAGCACCCCGGCUCGGACCUCGCCGGAGAGACUGCCGCCGCCUUAGCCGCGGCGGCGCUAGCUUUUAAGGAUUAUGACUCUGCCUAUAGUAAUCUUCUCCUUGUGCACGCAAAACAGAUAUUCUCGUUCGCGGAUAGAUUUAGGGGAUUUUACGACGAUUCAAUACAAAACGCCAAGAAUUUCUACGACUCCUCUAGUUAUUCGGACGAGCUUUUGUGGGCUGCGGCGUGGCUCUACCGUGCAUCGGGCGACAACUACUACUUGAAAUACACGAUCGAUAAUUGUGCAUCGUUGGGCGGGACGGGCUGGGCCGUCAAGGAAUUUUCAUGGGACAACAAGUAUGCCGGGAUCCAAAUUCUUCUUACAAAGGUUUUGUUUGACGGAGCCGGAGGCGAAUAUGAGUCCACGUUGCAACAAUAUCGCGCCAAAGCCGAUUACUUCACUUGCGCUUGUAUGCAAAAAAACGACGGCUACAAUGCCCCGAUGACUCCCGGGGGGCUUCUAUAUAUACGCGAAUGGAACAAUCUUCAAUACUCCGCCUCGGCUGCGUUUCUUCUUUCCGUAUACUCCGACUAUCUCUCGAAGGCAAAAAGCGUCGUCAAAUGUCCCGACGCCCAACUCCUUCCUCAAGAGCUCCUCAACUUCGCCAAAUCGCAAGCGGAUUACAUUCUUGGCAAGAAUCCUGAGUCGAUGAGCUAUUUAGUGGGAUACGGUCGAAACUACCCGGUGCACGUUCAUCACCGGGGGGCUUCGAUCACACCGGUCUCGAUUUUACAUUCGCCAGUUGGAUGUGUCGAAGGAUUCGAGACGUGGUACAAGAGACUUGAGCCCAACCCGAAUGUCAUAUACGGAGCCCUCGUUGGCGGUCCGAAUUCGAAAGACAAAUUCUUCGACGAUAGGUCAAAUUACGAACAAACCGAACCUACUUUGUCCGGGACAGCCCCGCUCGUCGGGCUCUUCUCCAAGUUGUGCGGUUUGGACAACAAAGAAUCGCCGAAACCCUCCGACCCUUAUAACAAACCACGAGGUCCAUACAACAAAGAAUUGCCGAGACCCUCCAAUCCUUACAACAAACCUCAAGAAAUCGAUGUCCCAGUUCGAUUCCUUCACUCAAUAACAAAUACGUGGAACGUUGGCUCAGAAUCUUUUUACCGACACAAAGUGAUCGUAAAAAAUGUGUCCCCAAAGCCCAUAAGGGAAAUAAAGUUCCGUUUCGAGGGACUCACCGGAUCGCUUUGGGGAUUGUCGCCGGCGCCGGAGAAGAACACUUACCAAUUGCCCGAAUGGAUCCAAGUACUUGAACCCGGAUCCGAAUGCACAUUUGUAUAUGUACAAGGUGGUCCUCAAGCCAAAGUGUCCGUACAAAGUUACCAUUGAUAUCUUGACAAGAUUGUCUCGAGAUGGAAUUUAUGUUUUUUUUUUUCCUAAUUUUAUUGUCAUUUUUAUUCAUGUUUUGUUGAUUAAAAUGGCUAGUAAUUGGUUUUUGCAAAUUGAAAACUUUAUCAUGUAAAGUUAUAUGAAUUUUGG